AUGUUCGAGCCGGGAUCAUUUGCCGGCGAGAGUCACGAACUCGCAUCUUCCUGGCCCGCCGCUACCGUGAGGAAGAAGUACGAGCCCCCCAAGUCGCCAGUCAUCAGGCCCUCUCCACCAGGCUCUCCGCUGUGGGACCAUGAGCAGAAGGAGAAGGAACGAGCUCUCGAGAACCUUCACGAGAUCGAAGCUAUGGAUUUCGCUUUGCCGGAACACGAGGACGAGUUGUCGCCCCUGGACGGCGAAGGUAAGGAGGAGCACCACAUCAAGUUCAACAUGGUCGGCUUCGAUGACCCCAAGUCGGACGAUGAAGCUGCACCAGUUUGCAAACAGGCCAGCACUCUCAGCACUUCGAGCCACUUAGCCGUGCCUGAGGCGCGGCGACGGUUCGAGAGCGCACCGCCAACCAUGGGAAUCGGUGCCAGCCCGAUGCUGCGAGCAGCUCUUGACAUGGUGGCAGCUGACCACGCACUGGAGGCACUUGAGCAGUUUCAACUUGACGAUCCUCACUCCGAUGAAGA